CUUUCAGGUAGGCUAAUGGAAGAAUACUUGUUGAGCAUCACAGCAUCGGCAGCAGGUGCGAGCGCGCGCAUCACCGAGAACAUGGAGUUAAAAACCACCUCCAUCAGUCAAACUGCGCUUUGAUUCACCGGCCGAAGAGCAAAUCAGCAACAUUCUGAUCCAGCUGAAACUUAAAGUGUGUUGUGGAGCUUCACAGCAUGGAGAAAGGGCGAAGCACCCCGAAACAGUACGGAUCUCUGGAUCAAACAGAGCUCUGCGGAGAAACAGGAAAACAAGCUGAAGAGGAUGUGGUGUCCAUGGCUGAUUCCACCAUCACUGUGGAGGACAUCGAGGGGGAGCUGUUCAAAAUCGAGAGGAUAAAGGAUGCGCUGGUCCGGAAAGAGUCGGAGCUCAGAUAUAUGAUGGAUGACAUCCAGUUGUGUAAGGAGAUCACAAGGCUCAAAAAAGAACUCCAGAAAUUGGUUUCUAUUCCAGACAAAGACAAGUCAAAUGAGGACAGACAGCGUGAGGAUGAACUGCUUCAACAGAUCCAGAAGAUGGUGGAGACGCGGGACUUUCUAGUGGAUGACAUGGAGUUUGAGAGGCUCAGAGAGCGAGAAGAAGACAAAGAGAUGGCUGACUUCCUACAGACCAAAUUUCCCAACAGAUGCCGCAUGAAAAAUCACACCAAGGACAAGAGAAUGACGUCCAGAGCCCAGCAGACCUCAUCUCCUUACGUGACCAAGACGGGUGUCACCCUGCUGAAGGAGUGCUGUGGCUUCACCUGCUCCGUCAUGUAGAUACGUCAAUGUAAAACAGGAGAGAGUGUAGCACAGAAUGACAAGUAAACAAGCCCUCAGACCCGUGAUUCAGCACAAUAUUUUCAAGCACUCUGUUUCGCAUUUCAUAACAGAUGGCAGUACAUGGGCACCCGACUGAUGUGCAUAUUAUGCAGAAUUAUUGCAUUAACCACCUAAUGGAGGAGAUUUCCAAAAUGAGGAGUGUGAUUAGAUGAUACGGUGUGUCCAUUUUCACAAUUAACACUGAGCUGUCUAAAAGCAGAAGACUAAAGUCAGGCUCAAGUGCUGGAUUCCCAUUAACACUUGUUAAAUUGUAACUCUUUCGCACAUUAUUUUCUCCCUUACUUCUUGCAAAAGAGCGAAUUUUCUGUUGUGGAGUUGCUUCGCCUGCCAAACACAAUGUAUGUCACCAAAAACACUGACAUUGUCCUUGGGAUUUUAAGGAAUAGUUCACCUAAAAAUUCUGUCAGUGUUUGUUGAUAAGGAGGGUGAGACACAGAUUUUGGAUAAGGUUCACCAGUUAAGCUAGAAAAAUUCUUUGACCUAAAAGUUUUGCAAUGAGAAUUUUUGAUUUAUGAACGCAGUUCACAGCAGGGUUAUUAUAGUUGACUAAAAUUAAAACAAAAACCAUAAACAAUACAUUUUCGAUACUUGUAAUAAAAUAAAUGUUAACUGAAAUAAACUAUAAAAAAACCUAAACUUAAGUUAUU